UAUGGUUUUUCCCCUAAGGAAAGAAGUAGUGCCAAUUUCCCAUCUCUUCCUAUCUCUCUGUCUUCUUCCUGCUCUCCAGCUGCAUGAACCAGGCAUAUUCUGGCAGCACCUGUUAGAGGAUCCCAAGCCUCUUGCAACAGGUGCUGUCCGCAUCAGGAACAGAUCCAAGUGGAUGCCAACACACUGUCAGUCUGAGGCCAGGGAUCCUCACCAGCUCCUAACUAUGCAUGUGCUGCCAGAGCAACCAGGAGAGUCAAUCCGAACUAGAUGGAGCACUGGUGCCCACUGCUUUUUCUGCCAAACUAGCCAAAAUGUGCGACAUGGCAUUUGAGCUGCUACAUGGCACUUGGCAAAGUUAGAAUGGCAGCAAUAGACCCCGCCUGCUUAGAGAUCAAGUUUCUCCCCUGCAGCUGCCUGAGCAGGAAAAUCAGUUUAUAGCAAAUCCAUGCUUUUAGUUGCACUCUUUAGCAUUUUUGAUAAGGCUUCUGAAGCUACCCUGAAGCUGGAUUUACUGUAUUGCUAAACAACAGUCUGAGCAACUGGCUUUGAGGUCUGGACCCCAGACACUUCUCCAAAUGCUUUCCAGCUCUACCAGGAGUAUCUCCAUCCAUAUUUGGUAUUUGUAAGGCUCCAAAUGUUUGCCUUUUUUCUUCUUUAAAUUCCUUUGUAUGCAGGAGGAACAUCCAAAUGGAUUCCUAUCUAUGUCUUCAUCUUAUAGAGGAUCAUCCUUUUAUGAACAUACUGUUCUGGCUUCUGCCACCUUUUGUAGGGAUCUUCAUCCCUAGAGUGGCCAAUGUCCUCCUCUUUUCUCCUACAAGUUAUUUGUGUCACUAGAACAGAAUUGGAAAAAAAUAUCAGAGGAAGCAUCCUUGAACUUAGAAUUUCAAGUCACUUCCUACUCUGCCUAUUCAUUGCAACCACUUGUGGUGUAUGGGACCACCCAGUGCUGCAGGACCCCAUGAGAUGGGCUUCUGUCAGGACAGUGUGUCACAGCCCAAGGCACCUGAAAAUUAGGAAAAUCUAAGCAAUACCAGUCUGUCAAAGCUGAGAUGCUCUAAAGCAGGAAACAUUUAUACAAUAGCCUGUAGGAAUGGCCUUAAGAGGUAGUUGUUCAACUGUUUUUAUGGGGCUUAUGAGAUGAGAUUCCUUCAGCAUAAAAUUUGAUAUAUAUUUGUGGCGUCUGUUUGGCUCACCUGUGUGAUGUCCAAUGAGUCCAUGUAAAGCUCAGGUCUCCCCUAGGGUUUCCAGAACUUGGAAUGGCACCUACAAAACAAACAAACAAUCAAACAAACAAACAAAUAGCAAAAACCCAACCAAACAAAAAACCCCCAAACACUGUAAUAUUAGACAUCAGUGAAGAAAGUUGUGAUGCUACAGAAAAUCACAUCCAUGAGAAAAGUCUCUGGAGUGUCUCUGGCCUCCCGAAAAUAGUUAAGGUUGGGAGUCCUUUCCUUUGGCAUCCUCAGUUUUAAUUUCAAUAGAAAAGGAAUUUCAGAGCCCAAAGAGAUUUUUUUGAGGUGUGAAAAAGGUCCCCAUUCACUUCCACCAAAUCAUCUUCCCUUCCAAGGACCUAAUUCAAGGGGAUGACCCUGUCAGUCCACACUUCCAGAAAAUUUUUCCAGAUAUGGAGUAAUCCUGAAAGAAACACAAAUCUCCCCUGCAUUAGGCUUUCCAGGGUGUCUCUGGUCCACAGUACUUGCUGGGCUCUGUAUUUCACACAUGGAGCCCUGACAAAAGGCACGUCCUUCCCUUAACUGUCCCUUCCCUCCCUGCAGCUCCUCACCCAGUGUCAGCAGCGAGCUGGUGGUGAAUGGAGAGCUUGUUUGCUCAAGGCUGUCUCUGAGUGAGCCGAGCGCUGUUUCCAUGCCAAACCCUGACAUGACGAGCAAUUGGGCUCCUCAGCUAAGGAAGGCAGGUGCUGAGCUAAGCCUCUCUGCUUGGACUGAACGUGCUUUUCCUUCUCCUGAGGGGAGAAGGAAAACAAUAACCUGGCCAGUCCAAAAAGAGCUUCAGCAAGCAGGAGACUAAAUACUCAGAGAAUAGGAAAGUCAGAGCUGGAAAGGCACUUUAUCACUGGAUGCUUUUCCCUCUUUUGUUUGUAAAGCACCUGCCACUCAUAAAUGAGAACCAGGCCCCUGGUGACCAUGUCCUCAGCAUGGGAUUCUUAGCAGAUAAUGAAAACUUUCCCUGUCCUUAUGCUAGUCUGUUAUUCUUUCCCCAGAGGAUCUUUCACUAGAGGAGAGGCCCACAUUGAGCCAUGUCCCUGUUUGUCCCUCCAUGUCCACUGUGCCUUGCAGGACUAGAUGAGUUUGAUAUUGUCCUAGACCUUCCAGCAUCUGCUAGCAUCCACAAACUCCCCUUGAUUUCCCGUGCCUGCCCAUACCUAAGACACAGUUAAUGUGGUGAUUUUACCUGUGGCUUGUUCAGCUGUCAUGUCCCCAGUAUCAAUGUUUUUUUCUCCUCCCCUCAGCUCCAGAUUGCUAACUGAUCCUGCAAGGACACUGCCCCCUGCCCUCUUCCCUGCCUCUGCUAUGGACACUUCUGCUUUUAGCCUCCCCACGCCGGCAGUGUUGGAGGAGGGGAAUGCCUCCAGUAGCUGGGCAGGCUUCACUACCCCCAACAGCUCCUCCACCGACAGCCCUGGUGUAGUUGUCAGCGGUGUCCUCAUCCCUGUGGUCUACCUCAUUGUCUGUGUGGUGGGGCUGGCUGGGAAUUCCCUGGUCAUUUAUGUGGUCCUGCGGCACUCCGUGAGCGAGUCGGUGACCAACGUGUACAUCUUGAACCUGGCCCUGGCCGACGAGCUCUUCAUGCUGGGCCUGCCCUUCCUGGCUGCGCAGAACGCCCUGUCCUACUGGCCAUUUGGUUCUUUCAUGUGCCGCCUGGUGAUGGCCGUGGAUGCCAUCAACCAGUUCACCAGCAUCUUCUGCCUGACGGUGAUGAGCGUUGACCGCUACCUGGCUGUGGUCCACCCAGGGAAGUCUUCCAAAUGGAGGACAGCAAGGGUGGCCAAGGCUGUGAGUGUAACCAUGUGGGUGCUGUCUUCCAUAGUGGUGCUGCCCGUGGUUGUCUUCUCAGAUGUCCCUUUAGGGAUGAGUACAUGCCACAUCCAGUGGCCAGAGCCUGCCUCGGUGUGGAGAGCUGGCUUCAUUGUCUACACUGCUACCCUGGGCUUCUUUGGACCACUCUUGGUGAUUUGCCUCUGCUAUCUCCUGAUUGUUGUGAAGGUUCGCUCCUCUGGCAGGCGGGUGAGGGCUCUGUCCUCCAAGCACAAGCUUUCAGAGCGCAGAGUGACCCGCAUGGUGGUGACUGUGGUGGCUGUCUUCGUCCUCUGCUGGCUUCCCUUCUACGUCCUCAACAUAAUCAAUGUUGUCUGCCCGCUGCCAGAGGAGCCGUCCCUCUUUGGAGUCUACUUCCUCGUGGUGGUGCUGCCGUAUGCCAACAGCUGCGCCAAUCCCAUCAUCUAUGGCUUCCUCUCCUACCGCUUCAAGCAGGGCUUCCGCAGGGCCAUCUUCAGGCCGUCCCGCCGAGUCCAGAGCCAGGAGGUGCCAGCAUGCCCCCCAGAGAAGAUUGAUGAAGAAAGGGAAGAGGGUGAGAUCAGCAAGAUCACCCAAAACGGAAAUGAGAGGCAGGAGCGCCCUCUAAGCAGCGGAGAAGGAAAAAGCAAUGAGCAAAAACCGCUCCCUGAGGAGCCUGCGGGAUGUGAAAAGAGCAACAAAUUGCAUGUCAGUUAUUUAUGAUGAAAGGGAUGGUGCAGGGGAAAGAGACAUCGGGACAUGGGAUCCCCUUCACCUUCUCUGCUUUCAAAGACAAUGGGAGACAUCGAUACAAGGGAAUAAUAAAGUCCAAGAGUAUGCUUAAAGAUUAAUAGGGCUCCAUGAUCUUGUGGAAGAAGCAAGGCAUUGUUCAUGGCUUUGGAAGAGACACCUGAGGUUUGUGUGGUACCAGUGUUACCAGAAAUUGGUAAAAAUAAAACCUCCUUAACACUAAUGUAGCAUUAAGAAGCAGGCAUUCUUUAUUUGGCUGGAUGCACGAGUGAAUAUCCCCUUCCAAAUAUCAUGCAUGCUGAGUACAGAAAAAGCUCCCAUUUAUAUACUAUAUUUUACAUACAUGCUCAUGGAUUUUCCCAGAAUAAACAUACAUAUGAUAUUAAUUUCCCCAAAAUCACUGAUGUAUUUUCCCUCUCCUUUACACAUGUUCUUCUGUCCUGGGAGUCUCGUGGUAGUGGUUGAUGACCCCAAAGUCAAACCUGAACUCCUGGUGAACUGGUAAAAGUUGGCACAACUGGGCCGGUUGUUUUGAGUUCUUCUUCCAACAGAAUAAACAUUGCGCAGUUCCAUAGGCCAGUGGCUUUUGAAGAAUAAGCAUCAUAUUCACCACCAGGAGCAAACCAAGCAACACCAGGUAAAGAGCAGACUGCAUUUAGGGAAAGCUGAAGAGGUGAUGGGCACUGAG